GUCAUAAACCUUAUGCUAGUGGCUAGUUUUUUAGGCUUCUAGGACGGGUGUAAGCGACACCACACGUACCUUGCUGGUUGCCUCUAGAGGAAGCAGGGAGUGGAUAAUUACACGACAGAGUUUUGCUGUUUUUUUUUUAUACAGUGACACUAUCGAAACGGAAUAUCUAUAGUGGUACCUUUCUGCCACCUUUAUGUGAGGUCUCAAACCUAAGGGAACGGGUCAUUGACUGGAGGAGAGACGCAGAGAAAGUAUUUGAUCACAGAAGCCUGGAUACAUUUUUUAGUUUGUUUUUUUUUCUCUUCAGUCACUGAAACGGCUGCAGAUAAGCAGUUUUACAGCAGCUAUAAGGACCAUGGAGGCCAUUGCCAAAUACGAUUUCAAAGCUACUGCUGAUGAUGAGCUUAGUUUCAAACGUGGAGAUGUCCUCAAGGUAUUAAAUGAAGAGUGUGAUCAAAACUGGUACAAGGCAGAGCAGGAUGGAAGAGAAGGCUUCAUCCCCAAGAAUUACAUACAGAUGAAACCCCAUCCGUGGUUCUUUGGGAAGAUUCCCCGUGCCAAAGCAGAGGAGAUGCUAAACAAACAGAGGCAUGAUGGCGCUUUCCUCAUCAGAGAGAGCGAGAGUGCACCGGGGGAUUUCUCUCUGUCUGUGAAGUUUGGAAAUGAUGUCCAGCACUUCAAGGUUCUUCGUGACGGAGCUGGGAAGUAUUUCCUAUGGGUGGUGAAGUUUAACUCCCUCAAUGACUUGGUGGAAUACCACCGCUUGAACUCAGUCUCCCGCAAUCAGCAGAUCUUUCUUCGAGAUAUAGAGCAGGUCCCCCAGAAUCCCACAUAUGUGCAGGCGCUCUUCGACUUUGACCCCCAGGAGGAAGGCGAAUUGGGUUUCCGACGCGGCGACUUCAUUCAAGUCCUGGACAACUCUGACCCCAACUGGUGGAAAGGAGGCUGCCACGGCCAAACGGGCAUGUUCCCUCGCAACUACGUCACGCCUGUCAGUCAGAACAUGUAAACAGUCAGACCAUGUAAACAACAACAACCACCACAACAGCAACCAUCACCACCACCACCAUCAUCAUCGUUUUUGAUCUCAUCUGAACCCCACCCUUCCCAAACCCAACCCCCUUCCCACCUCUCUCUCGGCCAUCCCACGAUAAUGGGAGCAAAGAGAACGCAAACAACUGAAAGACAGAGAAUAAAAAUGACAGGAGCAACGCUGUCGUGGGCGACGCUGUGUGGGUGACAGCUGAGCAAAAAAAUCAACUUUUAUUUGUGCUGAGAAUGUUCACAGUGAACGCCUCAGCGAGGACCGAACUGUCUUUGAGGGAAAUCUAGAUGCAGCAUACAUUAGCGUCCUGCUUCAACCGUGAAGAUAACCAAAUGAUUCAACCGCUCCCACAGCUGCUUCUGUCUCCUCCUUAACUUCCUAACAGUCUGCCUUUCUUUUGUUCUGUUUUCUUUGCCACUUUUUGUUUUAAUCAACUGAACGAAGAGCCUACUGAUGAAUCCUAACUCUGUUUUAAAGAAAAGAAAAUACAUAAAAAUAUAUAAAAUUUAAAAAAAAAAAGAAGAAACUGUUUUAGAAAUGUACAAAAAGAAGAGGAAAAGAUGAUUGCAUCAACAAUACAUAAAGUCUCCAUGUUUAAGAUCAUUGGCAGAGAAUUGUACAUCAGCCUCAGGCUGCAUAAAUAAAUCAAUUAUAGAGAGAA